GAGGAUGACAGGAAACUUUUUGUAGGGGGUUUAAGUUGGGAAACAACAGUUAAAGAUUUGAAGGAAUUUUUCGGGAAGUUUGGUGAAGUUGUUAGCUGCACUCUUAAAACAGAUUUGGAAACCAGACGAUCAAGGGGUUUUGCUUUUGUUGUGUUUAAUCGUAAAGAUGUUAUCAAUGCAGUCUUGGAGACCGAGGAAGAACUCAAAUUGCAUGGACAUAAAAUCGAGCCUAAACGUGCCAAUCCUAGAACUGGGUCAAGGAAGAUUUUUGUAGGUCGCGUUGAUCCAGCUUGCGGAGAGGAAGACAUUAAAGAAUAUUUCAAACAAUUCGGAAAGGUUGAAAAAGUAGAUCUCCCUUUUGACAAAAUAAAAGACCAAAGACGAGCUUUUGUUUUUGUAGAGUUUGAUUCUGAAGAAGCUGUUAAGAAAGUCUUGGCCAAGGAGAAGCAUGUUUUAAAUGGCCAGGAGGCAGACAUUAAGAAAGCUCUGCCAACUCAGGGCCCUGGGGGCCGAGGUUCAAAUCGUGGUGGUCGUGGACGUGGCGGCUGGAAUCAAGGAUGGGGUAACGGUGGAUAUGGGAAUGGUGGCUAUGGAAAUUACUAUGGCAACUAU